ACAUGUAAACAACGGAAAAUGGAAUCGCGGAUUUUAUAUGAAGGAAGCUCAAUAUUUCGAAAUCAGCCAUCGUAUAGGGAAUUUAACAAAUCUUUCGAGAAUGCUAACGAUACUCUCUUCGCCUUUCUGAACGAGGUGGACUCCGAGACCUUAAAGGAAGAGCAGCAGGCGCCGUCGCAAGUCUUCACAUCCUACAACUGCAGUUUUGCACGAAAAGACCCGCGCACUCUGGAGGUUGUGGGGCUCUCAGUUUAUGAUCAUACUACCGAGCAACUGUCAUAUGGCUUUCCCAACACCCAGGAGCGCUACUCCGUGCUAAGUCGCGCCCAACAAGCCGCCUGUGUUCGUGUAUUGCUUGCCUGGCAGCAAAAGUCUAGCGUAAGCGAGGAUGACUUCUUGGUGUGGCGUGCCACGAACAACAAACGAUGCAACGAGCAACAGUUGGUCCAAAAACACAUCUACAACUACGCCAAGGUGCAGCAGGAACGGCUCUAUGCACCAAUGAAGCCACUGGUGCUGCUUUACAGCAAAUGGUUCAGGCUUAGAAUGGAGCAUCUUCUGCAGGCGCUGCCAAGUGUCAGCUAUAUAACUCAUUCUGGGCUUCCGCAGCUGCCACAAUGCAAGGGUCUCAAUGUGGAGACUGCCAGCAUGGAAGACAUUGAGCUGCUUUACCGUGCGGGGCAAGUGCGUCUCUGGCCAGAGGUGUCCCUUAAGCAGCAAGAGUUAAGUUCCUUACGUGUGCGCUUGGAGCGUUAUGUCUGCACCGAUGUAGCUGCGGAACAUGUUGCACAGAGUACUCGUAUUGCCGCUGAGCUGGAGAAUCAGCUGUAUGAAGCGGAUGAGGAUGUGUUUGUACUGCCACUAGAUGCAAUGCUCAUGUUACUAACGUCAGGCACCUACAUUGAUUUGCCCUCUGAGAUGUUAUUGAAAAUACGAGAUAUUCCGGAUAGCGACCACAAAUCCAUUGAAUUCCAGCAACCAUUUCCAGCACACAACUGCGGCUGGCACACAAACAGUCGCGUCCUGACUGAGGCAUAUGCAGCAUAUGCACCAACCCAGUGGCUGCAGUUGAAUCCGGAUGCAACCGCCAAGCUAAUCGACGCUGUGCCGAUCGUCGAAACCGAUGCCAAGAUGCAGCAGCUUGUUUAUAAAGUACACCACAUCGAUGAGAAUGUUCAGGCUGUUAAGCAGCUCAAAUCGAAUUGUGCGUUGAUCAGUUGGCGUCUACGUACCGAGGUGGAUCAGGGCUUGCAGAUCUACAGUACGCUUUCGAUGGCGGCUGUACGAGAUACCUCGGCCAAGCAGCCUCUAGGCUGUCACCUGAUCAAGCUAGAAAAUAAGCCCGACUGUGGUUGUGAAAUCAUGACCAAGUAUGAGCUGCUCUCUGCCUGGCUGCAGCUGAAACUUCUCCAAGCAGACGUGGGUCAUUGUAGUCGGAUUUCUUUGCGGGAUUUUGCGCCGCUGCUGGAAGAGCAGCUAACACUGGCAGCACUGGAGGAGCAGCUGCACGAAUACUAUCACAUUAGCAUGCCGCAGCAGCUGUGCCAGAUGCAUGAGUUCCUUAAACUGUUGCGAGGCAUGUCCGCUGGAGAGUAUCUACUACGCUAUACGACCAAGUACAAGGACAAGUUUUUGCUGUGCCGUCCCACGCUGGAACCGACACCUCAGAGCUUCAAGCUGCAGGAUUUGUUGGCGGGCACAUCACCGAGUAAUGUCAACUUUCUCACACAGAGCAACAGUUACCUGCCCAUCUCGCCCAAGCUGUGUAGCCGCCUGCACGAGGAACUGCAGCUGCUGCCAUGCGCUUUUCCAGCUAAGGCACAGGGCGUAAGCCGUCCAAAUAAAAAGGUAAAAGUCGAUAAGGAACCAGUUCUGGUGCAGCGGACGCGCACGCGCCAAAACGCUAAGCCAAAGAAUAGAAAGCGCAAAAGAUCCUCGACACGACAACGUAAGAGAGCGGCGAUCCAGGCACAAAAAGAGGAGGACAAGGAUUUGGACAAGAUAAUGUGUCUGUAACAAUACAAUAACUGCUUAUAUUUAUAUUAAAUGAAUUCAACUCUGUUGGUUAUUAUUUAUUAA